GAGAUUGUAUGCAGGAGCUUCUUGUAGGAAUUAAGAGUCUUGCGAAAGUCUUUGUUGCUAAUUAGCGUUUCAAUUUUUUUUGAGUAAAUUGAGACGAAUGUAUUGAUUGAUACAUCUCACCUUGUCUGAGAGAGAAUUACACGGUUGACAAAACGUCAUGCCAAGUUUGCUAGGUGCACAUGAUGUGAAGAUGUCAGCAGGGACCGACGCGCAAAACGCCAACUUCUGCCACAGGACGAGUUUCACUGGACUAGGACACACGCGCUUAAGCUUCCUCCGAAAUAUGGUCGGGACUCAUACAUUGAUGUUAUAUGUGAGCGAAUGGUCAGAGAAGCAGCUUGUAAAAUGCUCAAUUAACAACGACCCUGUAGCCACUGCCAGUUACCUGUUUCGUUGCCGCCAAACGCGCCCGGAGAGCCUCGUGGAAUUAUCCCUCUUCAAUAUCAGGGCGUUGUUGAGUCCAGACAACCUGUGCCCACUGAGUCCUGUCGAUGGAUUUAUCAAACAGACGAAAAAUUACCCAUUGGAGCAACAACAUAUUUCGGGUGCAAAAUCCCGUAGGAAACGCGCGUGGGUAUUUCCUGGGACACUUUGGUGUGGCACUGGAAGCAAAGCGAUUGACUACAAGCAGUUAGGAAUGUUUGAGCGAGCAGACGGGUGCUGCCGUGAGCAUGACCACUGCAGUAACACUAUCCCCUCCUUCACAGUGAACUAUGGUGUUUUCAAUCCCAACUUCUUCACCAUCUCACACUGUGACUGUGACAAAAGGUUUCGCCAGUGCCUCCAGCGUGUAAAUGAUACCAUCUCCAAUAUGGUGGGCUUCAGCUUCUUCAAUCUCCUAAAGAUGCCCUGCUUCGAGUUCACUCCCAAGAGUCAAUGUACUGAGCUUAACUGGUGGGGAAUGUGCAAGGUGGCCAAGGUGGCCCCAUAUGCAGUCUUCAAAAAUCCCAAAGAUUACACUAUCAACCGCACGGCAAGUAAACAUAGUGGCAGCGGUGACCCCGAAACCUCAGCAAGCACCGGGGAACACCUGGUUACAGUGAGACCCUUGUCUAGCCCAACCAGGUUAAUCCCCAAAGGGAACCGCCCCAAGCUAUUUUCCCCCUCACGGGACUGUGUUCCAAGAGGUCCUCCCAGAGGAGACACCUUUCAGAUCAAGCACAGGAAAGGAUGCAGCAGGGGCAAGAAAACAUUCACAACUCAAACAACCACAAGUCAAACACAGACCAGCACCCCCUUAAUACAGACAACUGCAUCCCUGAUACAGAGGAGUGCAUCACAAAAACAGAAAACCACACCCACAACUCAGAGAGCUGCUUCGAAAAUUAUUACAACCACAUCGCAGGUAAAAAUGAAAACUGCUACACAAAAGACUGGACCAAGAACUGAAAAAACGAUCUCACCUCAUAAUCAAGCUACAACAAAGAAAAAAACACGGUCACGACAGAGGACAACAUCAACACCAAAGCCUUCACCUCAUCCACAGACAACAACUUUAACAACCACAACUCUUAUACCCAAAAGUCCCAAACUCCCAAAGGUCCUUAGGAAACUUCACCGUUGUGGCCCUCCAAGAGGAGAUACCUUUCAGCCUCGCCGCUGGAGGGGGGAACGAGGCAAAGCCUGUUUGGAACAGAUAACUAAAACACCAAUGACCAUAUCCUCAGCAAACAAGACUGCAUCACCAACCCAGAGGAGAAUAUCUCAAACUCAGAGAACAAUGCCCUCAAAUAAGAGAACAACAUCUGCAACUGUGAUGACCUCAUCUACCCUUUGGAAGAACACAAUUACUAAGAGGACCGCGUCCUCAAAGCUAAGGACCACACUUCUAAUACAAACCCCUACUGAGAGUGCACCAUCUAUGACAACAGAUAAUAUGCUUCUUUGUGGCACUCUCAAGCAUUUGGAUGAAUGUAAAUACAAAAUUCCCCCUUUAGUGAAGAGAUAUGAUCUCCACAACAUGGGAUCAAAGACUGUGUACCAUUGUGAUUGCACCCACAGGCUGGCUGAUCAGAUCAGACACUUGGAGAAGACCACAAUACUCCAAUCCCUCCUGCAGGACUUUGUAUCUUUAUCCUGCUUCAACGUGCCGAGUGUGCAAGACUGUCAUGGAGGGAAAAGCUGUACUGCUGGAUUUUCCCAAGCCACUGACCUAAUUCAAGUCCUUAAAAGCAUGGAGGAAAGAGGAAGACUUAAUGCUCAGAGCACAAGUAAAGACUCAAAAAGAGGGACUCCUAUUCGCCUCUACAAGCGAUGUCUGAGGAUCAUUGAGUCCAAGAAGCAUUGACUAAUGAUUCCCAAACAUCAGCACCCUUAAGUACCAGUUACUAGAAUGGGAAUGCAAUGCAUCUGUCCAACAUCACCCUCUAUUGUGUUUUUUAAAGAUUUUUAAGCCUUAAGAUGAUAAAUGUGGCAGAAGGACUUGAUUUGCUGUUGUUCAGUAUAGGAGGGAGUUCCUUAUACCUUCCAACUUUUCCCCAAAUCUUUGACCUCAACUGUAAAUAAUGAUCCACAACUAGAGUUGUACAGAAUUCUCCUGCUGAGGGUACUAUGAUCUCUGACAACAAUUUAAUACAUUUAUAUUGAGUCUUUGUACAUCUAGAUUAAAACCCUUGAAUAUUACCAGUCUCUGUUACGUCAUUGUCUCACAUUACAAGAUUCCCUUAAGGUGCAGUAUUUUUUUUUAGUCAAUAGCAUUUCUAAAAUUGCUCAAGAGGUGGCACCCUUCUACCUCUAACAGUAAGGUAAUUGACAUUCGCACACAUUUGUUAUUUUUCUUAGUUUUAGUAUGUCGUGAAUUGAUCAUGUUGAAGUAAACAGUGUGGGAUUUUCACUUCUUAGCUAAAGGCUUGAAAUUGUAAUAUUGUGUCAUGAUCAUCAUCAUCAUUUACCUACCUUGUCACUACAAUCAGAAAAAGUACAGUAAUACUUUUAAGAAAACAAAUUAAACCAUGAGUAUUAAACAAACCCUAAUACAACCUCGGCAUUACUAGGAAGUAUGUUUGUUGAAAUGUUUGUCGGCCAGGGGUCUCCAACAGGUAGAUCGUGAGUUACUAGUUGCUCGCAGCCCACCUAUGAGUAACUUGCCAAUCAAUUCUGAAAGUACAUGCAUUUUUUUCAUGUGUUCCAUUGUAAACUGUCAUAAACAUAGAGCUCCUGCUACUAUCCAAUCAAAGACACUUUGACAUCCCAUCCCUGGUUAGCCACUACUAGCUUAAACAGGGCUGCCAACUUUUGAAAAAAGCUUGGAGUGAGAUUUGUUAUGUGUAUUUCUUUGCCCCCUGGCACAACCCCUAUAUGUACAAUUGUACUGUUUUAAAGCGAAUUUCCUGCAAUUCUACAUAUUUUCACAUGGCUUAGACAUAUGACACUGGUCAGGUGUAUUCAGGGUAUUUUGAACAUUAACACUCAAUUUGACGACACUGUUACUUUGAGAUUUUUGGGGGAUCAAUUUUAAAGAAUGAUAAUCUAAAAAAAAAUGUUUAGGUGGUUUGACACUUUAUUUAGACAAAAAUUAAAUGUGGGGAGACAUGCAAAUGCUAGAAACAGUGGGAAGGUUGAAAGCCGGGAUUGUUCCCUGUUCUCAGGUUGUUGAAGCACCCUUGACAGGGAUUACAGCCUCAAGUCUUCUUCGGUAUGACGCUACAAGCUUGGCACACCUGUAUUUAGGGAGUUUCUGCCAUUCUUCUCUGUAGAUUCUUUCAAGCUCUGUCAGGUUAGAUGGGAAGGGUCGCUGCACAGCUAUUUUCAGGUCUCUCCAGAGUUGAGUUGAUUUUAUUUUACAGGGAUAUUGCACAUGAGAUGCAAACAUGAGUCACUGAGCCACUUUGUAACCUGGCCACUUUGUAACCUGGACCAUUACAGUAGUGAUUUCUUGUGCAGCUUGUUGUUUGCUCUUUGCAUGCACAUAUAUCACUGUAUCGUCUGCGUACAUUUGAACUUCAGACCCAGUACAGACAGAAGGCAGAUCAUUAAUGUACAGGUUGAACAGGAGGGGCCCCAGUAUUGACCCAGAGAUGUUCGAUCGGGUUUAAGUCCGGGUUCUGGCUGGGUCAUUCAAGGACAUUCAGAAACUUGUCCCAAAGCCACUCCUGCAUUGUCUUGGCUGUGUGCUUAGGGCCGUUGUCCUGAUAGAAGUUGAGCCUUCGCCCCAGUCUGAGGAUCUGAGCGCUGUGAAGCAGGUUUUCAUCAAGGAACUCUCUGUACUUUGCUCCAUUCAUCUUUCCCUCAAUCCUGACUAGUCUCCCAGUCCCUGCCGCUGAAAAACAUCCCCACGGCAUAAUGCUGCCACCACCAUGCUUCUCCGUACUUAUCGUGCUUGGUUUCCUCCAGAUGUGAUUCUUGGCAUUCAGGCCAAAUAGUUCAAUCUUGUUUCUUAUGGUCUGAGAGUCUUUAGGCAAACUCCAAGCGGGCUGUCGUGCAUUUUACCUAGGAGUGGCUUCCGUCUGGCCACUACCAUAAAGGCCUGAUUGGUGGAGUACUGCAGAGAUGGUUGUCCUUCUGGAAUGUUCUCCCAUCUCCACAGAGGAACUCUGGAGAUCCAAACUUCUUCCACUUAAGAUUUAUGGAGGCCACUGUUUUGUUGGGGACCUUCAAUGCUGCAGAAAUUAUUUGGUGCCCUUCCCCAGAUAUGUGCCUCGACACAAUCCUGUCUCUGAGCUCUAUAGACAAUUCAUUCGACCUCAUGGCUUGGUUUUUGCUCUGACAGGCACUGUCAACUGUGGGACCAUAUAUAGACAGGUGUUGGCCUUUCCAAAUCAUGUUCAAUCAAUUGAGUUUACCACAGGUGGACUCCAAUCAAGUUGUAGGAACAUCUCAAGGAUGAUCAAUGGAAACAGGAUCAGUCUUCAUGCAGUUUUGGUUCUGUUUUCCUGUCCAGACGCUUCUCUUGUUUUGUAUUACUCUUGUUCAUUUUUAUUAAACUCACCAACUGUACUUG